CCACAGUCGCUGGGCAUCUCUCCCACGGGCUGUGUACUGCUGGCAUUCUGUUGAUACCCUAGAGAUGCAGCGGCUUUUGGCUCCAGCAAGGCGGGUCCUGCAAGUGAAGAGAGUGAUGCAGGAGGCUUCGCUCACACCUGCUCACCCGCUCUCAGCAGCCCAGCAGAGGUUUUCUACAAUCCCUCCCGCUCCCUUGGCCAAAACAGAUACUUGGCCAAAAGAUGUGGGUAUCCUUGCCCUGGAGGUCUACUUCCCAGCCCAGUAUGUGGACCAGACUGACCUGGAGAAGUUCAACAACGUGGAAGCUGGGAAGUACACCGUUGGCUUGGGCCAGACCCGCAUGGGCUUCUGUUCAGUCCAGGAGGACAUCAACUCCCUGUGCCUGACGGUGGUGCAGAGGCUGAUGGAGCGCACCAAGCUGCCGUGGGAUGCUGUGGGGCGCCUGGAAGUGGGCACCGAGACCAUCAUUGACAAGUCCAAGGCUGUCAAAACAGUGCUCAUGGAACUCUUCCAGGAUUCAGGCAACACUGACAUCGAGGGCAUAGAUACCACCAAUGCCUGCUAUGGUGGCACCGCCUCCCUCUUCAAUGCUGCCAACUGGAUGGAGUCCAGCUACUGGGAUGGUCGUUAUGCCCUGGUGGUCUGUGGUGACAUUGCGGUCUACCCGAGUGGUAAUGCCAGGCCCACAGGCGGUGCAGGGGCUGUGGCGAUGCUGAUUGGCCCCAAGGCCCCUUUAAUCCUGGAGCAAGGGCUGAGGGGAACCCACAUGGAGAACGCAUACGACUUCUACAAACCGAACUUGGCCUCAGAGUAUCCACUGGUGGACGGGAAGCUCUCCAUCCAGUGCUACCUGCGGGCCCUGGAUCGAUGCUAUGCAGCCUACCGAAGGAAAAUCCAAAAUCAGUGGAAGCAAGCUGGGAACAACCAGCCUUUCACCCUCGACGAUGUCCAAUAUAUGAUCUUCCACACACCCUUUUGCAAGAUGGUCCAGAAAUCCCUGGCUCGGCUGAUGUUGAGCGACUUCCUGUCAUCCAGCAGUGACAAAGAGAACGAUUUAUACAAGGGGUUGGAGGCCUUCCGGGGUCUAAAGCUGGAAGAAACCUACACCAACAAGGAUGUGGAUAAGGCGCUUUUGAAGGCCUCCCUGGACAUGUUCAACAAGAAAACCAAGGCCUCCCUUUACCUCUCCACGAACAAUGGGAACAUGUACACCUCGUCGCUCUAUGGGUGCCUGGCUUCGCUUCUCGCCCACCACUCUGCCCAGGAAUUGGCUGGCUCCAGGAUUGGCGCCUUCUCCUACGGCUCAGGGCUAGCAGCCAGUUUCUUUUCAUUUCGAGUGGCCAAGGAUGCUUCUCCAGGUUCCCCUUUGGAGAAGCUGGUGUCUAGUGUGUCGGAUCUGCCUAAACGUCUAGACUCCCGGAGGCGUAUGUCCCCUGAGGAAUUCACAGAAAUAAUGAACCAGAGAGAGCAAUUCUACCACAAAGUGAACUUCUCUCCACCCGGAGACACAAGCAACCUCUUCCCAGGUACUUGGUACCUCGAACGAGUGGACGAGAUGCAUCGUAGAAAGUACGCCCGGUGUCCUGUCUAACAGAGGCCAGUGAAUCCAUGGCAACAGUUCCUGGGGAAAGAAUGUGAGCAGCGCUGCUGCCCAAUCAGCAUCUGCUUAAAACCCCACUCAUGGCAGCAAAUAGUGAAUAAUCUAGAAGGCCCAUAGGCUCUUCUCUGUGCCUCCUUUGCGACUCU